AUGGAACAUGUGGCUAAAACACUUAUUAAUGGUCAUAUUGUGGAAAUUAUUGAAAAAAGGGCAAAUCUUUGCCAAGUAUUAGUUCAAAACAAUUUUAAAUACAGGCAAUAUGUUUGUCAGAAAGGGGAAGCCUGUGGAUUUUCAUCUCUACAGGUCCAAGAUCAUGACUCGAUUUUAGAUAUUCAAGCAGCAAGAAAAAAGUUCUUUUCCAAGUUUGUUUUAACCGAAGACGUAUUGAGACGAGGUCGUGUGGAUACACAACGAAUUAUUGUGGUCUAUUAUUCCAAAUUAGAGCAGCAGAAAUUCACAAUAUUUUUCAGAAAGCAUUAUCCAUUAUUACAGGAUCGUCAUUAUUUGAUUCCAAAGAAAUCCACGGCAUACAAGGACGAGUUUGUGACCUCUGAAAUUCUAGAGAAUUGUGAUACAGUGGUAUUUUGUGUGUUUACAAUUCCUGAUGAGGAUCAUGCUUCCAAAUACCGUGAAGCUUUGCAAAUGUUAAAAAGCAAAAAGAAGAGAGUGUUGUUUGGAUGUCGAAAAUCAAAGUCGCUUUCGCGUGUCACUCUUUACCAUCCAGACAUUGAAAUUAUUCGACUACGAAAAGAUCCAGUGAGUACUGCAUUGUUGCUGGACUAUGCCUUGUUAGGAACGAACGGCAUUUAA